CUGCCAGCGAGAAGUGUUUAUUUACUCACAGCAACACAGAAAUAUUCCAGAGCUUUUUCUAUCACGGGAGCAUCCCUUAUGACUUGUAGCUGUGGAAUCAACACAUCCUGCGUCUCCUUAACUAUUUCAAAAGAGAACAGAGGUGAUGAAAACAUAGAGGAUUUCAAGGCUUGCUUAUCUACACAGCUCUGCUCUUGCUGCCUCUCCUUUGAAACUGAGUUAUGGUGGAGAAGAGAUAAAUACAACCAACUUCUGGAACAGCCCGCUGUGCUUCUGAGAUACCACAGCCCACAGGUUCCUGCAGCUGAGGCUGGGCCAGAGGUGGCCACACACCUGCAUUGGUGCUGCUGUGACCCUACGGCUCCUGCACUGCCAGAGGCUCCUGCACUAUACCACUAAUUCAGUGAACCUCUUUCUGAGUGGGAAGAUAGAAAGUGCUGUUACCUCAUUAGUUGCUUGCAGUGGAGAACUUGAACAGCACACAGAGAGACGGGGUGUCAUCUAUAGUCCUUCCUGGCCACGAAACUAUCCUCCAGCAGUAAACUGCAGCUGGUACAUUCAAGGAGACCGUGGAGACAUGAUAACAAUUAGUUUUAAGAACUUUGAUUUGGAAGAAUCUCAGAAAUGUGCAGUAGAUUGGCUGAUGAUUGGCCCGUCUUCCAAGAGAGAGGAGUAUAAAGUGUGUGGAUCUUCCAUACCUCCGUCUUUCAUCUCUGCAAGGGAUCACGUUUGGAUAUUUUUUCACUCAGAUGCAUCAAGCUCAGGACAGUCUCAGGGAUUUCGCCUUUCUUAUAUUAGAGGAAAGAUGGGUCAGGCUGCAUGCCAGUCAGAUGAAUUCCACUGUGCAAAUGGAAAGUGUAUUCCCAGUACUUGGAAAUGUAAUUCCAUGGAUGAGUGUGGGGAUAACUCAGAUGAGAGAAACUGCACUGUCCCUCCAACAGAGCCUCCAUCCAGCAUCUGUCCCUCAGGAACAUUCCAGUGCAGCGUAGCCCGCUCCACCAAGUGCUUAAUGAACGAGCUGAGAUGUAAUUCAGUUAAAGACUGCAGUGAUGGUUCAGACGAAGAUAAUUGUCCUGAUCUUUCCUGUGGCAAAAAGCUGGGUAAUUUUUAUGGAUCUUUUGCUUCCCCAGACUUAUUCCGUGCUGAUCACAGCAAAUCAGACCUUCGUUGCACGUGGUACGUGGAUACACAAGAUAAUCGACAUGUUCUGUUGCAGCUUGAUUUGCAGUUAGGCUACAAUGACUACGUAAAGGUGUAUGAUGGCAUUGAAGAGAGAGGCGAUAAAUUACUGCAAACGUUUUCGUUUCACAACAAUAGGCAUCCGGUGAGCGUGGAGUCAUCAAAGGGCCAGCUCACGGUCUCAUAUCAUGCUCGCUCAAAGAGCACCGGCCAUGGGUUCAAUGCAACCUACCAGGUGAAAGGCUAUUGUCUUCCUUGGGAACACCCCUGUGGAAGUGACGAGGAGUGUUUCACGGAUAAGCAACAUUGUGAUGGCUGGUGGCACUGUCCAAACGGCAAGGAUGAGGAGAACUGUCCGGCUUGCCAGAAGAAUGAAUAUCCAUGUGAAGGAAAUAGUGGGCUUUGCUACUCAAUACUUGACCGCUGCAAUAACCAAAAGAACUGCCCAGAUGGCUCAGAUGAAAAAAACUGCUUCACUUGCCAGCCAGGGAACUUCCAUUGUGGCACGAAUCUGUGUAUCUUUGAGACUUGGCGCUGUGAUGGCCAGGAAGACUGCCAGGAUGGAAGCGAUGAGCAUAACUGCCUGGUGAUCGUACCCAGGAAGGUCAUCACAGCUGCUCUGAUUGGGAGUCUCGUGUGUGGCCUGUUGCUGGUGAUUGCUCUGGGUUGUGCGUUUAAAUUAUAUUCUCUGAGGACUAGAGAAUACAGAGCAUUUGAGACCCAGAUGACACGACUUGAGGCAGAAUUUGUGCGGCGGGAAGCUCCACCUUCCUAUGGGCAGCUGAUUGCACAAGGACUGAUCCCCCCAGUCGAAGACUUCCCUGUGUACAAUGCAUCACAAGCAUCUGUGCUGCAGAACAUCCGGACAGCCAUGAGGAGGCAGAUGAGACGUCACUCGUCACGACGAAGCUCGUCUCGGCGGCGCCUUGGCCGUCUCUGGAACAGACUCUUCCACAGACCUCGGGUGAGAGGACAGAUCCCUCUCCUGACACCUGCCCACACUUCGCAGACAACGCUGGGUGAUGGAGUCAUCAACAAUGCUGAUGAGACUACUAGGAGUCCUCUGCCUUCACUUGAAGGACCUAGUUUAGAGGCAGACGCCCCUGCCAGUGACCUGCAAGAAGCUGGAUGUAGCACCUUGCAGCCAGAGACUGAAAUCACAGAGCCGUUGCCUUCGAAUGUCUUAGAGAACACUUGCACUGCUACUCAAGCAGAGCCUGAGUCUGUACACACUGAUAAAUCUGCAGGUGCUGAGACAUCAGGCAGUGAGCUCCAGCAGCCCAGUAAAGUGGAUUCAGGAAAGUCUUUCAGAGAUCCUUUGUCUGAAAGUGUCGCAGAAACGAUCCAUGGAGGGUCAGCAUCCAGGAGGACUGUCCCAGAGGGCAGUAAUUUAAGUAGAAGUCAUCCACCGAGUGAAGAGCCAUGUAGGUUACCCUUAAAAAAGUGGGAAUCUGCUUAUUCAGAUAGCCCCUUGAAUGUUCAUAUCCAAGUGGAUGGACAAAACCAGAGUUGCCCUAACUCUCAUCGGGAGGAGCCUUUGGGUAUUCAUGCGGCUUGUUGCCAUUCUGUGGAAGUGCCAAUGUUAGAGUCCUCUGCUCCCCUCUCUGAAAUCAGUACAAGCGAUGAUGAAUCUUUACUUGUUUGCUAGUAGAAGCUUUUGUUUUGACCCUGUAAACUUUGUAACUUCAUUGUUUAUAUGACUGUGCACUUUGAUUUUAGGUGGUUUGUGCUCUCAGCUUUGUCCAUGAAAACCAAUGUGCUUUAAUCCCCAGGGAGUACAGUGCAGGACUAAAUGGGACAAGUUUUUCUUUGUUGCUAUUCCUGAAACUCCAAUGGGGCAGAAGUAGGCCAGUAUGUGAUGUCAGGAGAGCAAGAAAGUGUCACUGUAGCUGGGGAGGCAUCUCCACUGUUUAUUUCUUCUAUGCUUUAUUUUACUUUCCAUUCAGGGAAUUGGUAUUUCUUUACUUUUCAAGUGGUCUUACAGAAAUUAACACUGUUGGAACUUGGGGCAGGCACCAGUUGUGACUGUGAGUACCAAUCAAAAAAUAACGUUGUCCUUUUAGACGCCAUUAUUUAACUAAAAUUUAAUUAAAUAUCAUUAAAAACUUUGGGAGGAAAUAAAAUCCUUUGUUGUUCACUAUUUCUAGAAGUAGCUUCCUUCCUUUGCUCCUUCAGGAAUGUUUUGAUGGCCAUAUAGAACUUGAAACAUCCACUAGAACCAAAGUCUCUGUACAGAGUAUACAGAAUAUUCCUGUCUGCUAUGGCUUUGUGCUAAGAGAUCAGCAGUGUGAAAUGCAUCAAACCCUGUGUUCAACAAUAUUUUUUAUGUUGUCAUAUGUUACUCUGUUCAAAGUGAUGUUGCAAAGGUUGAAGAAUUGCUUGCUGUCUUCCUGCCCUUUUUUCUCUCCUCUGAUUUCAGGGACUUUUAUGGUUAUACCACUUUGGUUGUACUCUAAAGGUUUCUGAGGUUUCACGGCUGGCUGCAGUAGGAAGCACUGAGCACUUGGGAACUGUCAGGAUCAGUCUCUUUAUUCUGUAAUAAAAUCUACUUCACAGGUUUGCUUGUAGAUCUGUUACUUAAGUGCAGCUUUUUUGAAACUUUUUUUUCUAGCCAAUUUUAGGGGUUUGCUUUUGCUUUCUGUUAAGGACUGAAGUAGGACAGUGCCAAUUUCAAAGCUGACACUGUGAAUUGUGUACUGCUUUAAACUGGUGCCUUUUGUUUUGUUUUUUAGGAUGCAAUUAGAAGUAAGCAAGGUAUUUACACAGAAGAAGGAUAGUAUUGCUUAAGUAGGAGUGACCAGGUGCAGAAUCACAGCUGGUUAUGGUCUGAUAGUUUGGCCCCUCUGCAAUGGAUAGGAUGGUGCCAUGAACCAGUGCAGGCCGGGCUCUCCCCCUGCCCUUUUAGGAGCUCUGCUUCAGUCCCGUGGUGAGGCAGUAACGAACUAGAGUGCUACAUGCAGAAAUGAACAAAGACGUUAUCUCAGCUGUUUCUCUGCAAGUAAGUGCUCUUUUGCUGUUAAUGCUGUAGGAAUUCAACUUGCCUGAAGUUAUUAACUGGUAACUUGAGCUAGUAAAGCUGGGGUGGACUUGGGUGUCUGUAGAAGUGGGGUGUGCUGUCUGCAGCACACAGGCUUUUGCAGUGAACAGUUUACAUUGAAGUGUCAAGAAUGCUUUUUAUACAGACUACAUGUGCCCUGAAUCUCCUGCUAGGACUCCCUCUGGGAGUGCUUUAAGAAAAUAAGGGUUAAGACUUUGGCUUUACUGGAAUGUAAUGUGAGAGAAUUACUCUGAAAUUACUUUUUUGUCUUCAGUUGCAAAUUGGUUUCAUGGUGUGUUUUCCAGAGGCAGAAGAUUCGAAGUCUAUAAGAGCAUAGAAAGGAUUGUAGCAAAAUGCAUAAUGGGCAAAAGUCAUAGUUACAUUAAGUAAGUACUACUCACUUAUUUCUUCUCAAGUGCUUUUGUGAUCAGAAUUCCUUCCAUCAAAGGAAAUGAAGCUUUGAAAGAGAUGUUAAUUUCAUACAUUUAUCAACAUUUUAGGUGCAUUCCACCUUUGCCAUGUACUGUAGUCAUCACGCUGCCAGGGUUGUUUGCAUCGAAGGCUGCAGUUUAGUAGAAAAAAACAGUCUAGUUUUUUUCCUAGAGGUAAUUUUAGUUACUUAGGAGUUCUAAUUGUAACAAAGUAAGCCUAAUCUUAGUGGGGAGGAGGACUGUUUCAGGGUUAAUAUUGGGAUGAUAUGAAGGAUCUUCAGAGUAAGUGUAUAUUUAAUUCUCUUACGGAAAUGUGUUACUAUAGAAGAAUAAUUUAGAUCAUACUAUGCCUUAAGUUAUCAUCAGUGUAAGGCUCUUGAAGUUGAAAUAUGUUGAAAUGUUAGAGUUGAAAUAUGUGCUUCAAAUUACUGCUAAAUUCUGGGAACAACCCUGAACUGUAUUUUCUUUUAUGAUGCAACUUAACAUAAUUUCUUACAUAUAUAAUGCAUAUUUUGUGUACUGAUCCGUUUGGUAACUGAGCAGAAAUUCCAGCAAGAGGGUUUUAUAUUUAGAAACUGACAAAAAUCCAGGUUAAUGAAAAUUUGAUGCUUGAAGUGUACAGAAAUAUUCACAGCCAUCACUGCUGGCAUUUACAGCCUUGCAUAAAUGAGACAUAAAAGCCUGGUGCUUUUGUAAACACCUAUGUUUUGUAUUCUCCAAUAGUAUAUUCUCUCCUAGCUCCCCUGGUCCGUUCCUUGGAGGCAAGAGUCAGUUUUGCAGAAGAAACCUGUACGUGUGUGCUGCGGGCACAAACAAAUGUGUUAAAAUGUCGAUAUGUGAAGGAAACCUCAGAGUCUGCCUUAGUAUAUGCCUGCCCCUCCUUUCUCCAUCACUUGUAAGCAUUAAGCAGAGAACUGACUGUCAUUGAAGCUCACCCAGCUUCUGUUCCAUGCGAGCUGCCUUCUUAUAUUCAGAACCUACUAAAAAAAACGUGGAAAACUGCUACUAUGGCAGAAGUGUGAACAGAAAAUCUCAUUCUUUGCUCAGUGGAAAAAUAAUAAUCGCACUUCACUGACUGUGUAACCUAACGAGCUAAUGAAUUUACCUUUAAAAAACUGAUUUUUAUAUGCUUUUCUGCGUUCUUUAGAGAUUUUCAUGGAAGGGAAAAAGUAUUUAAGAUUUAAAAAUAGCAACAACACCAAAAAACCCUACAAAACUCCCCCGUCCAAUCUCCCUAAAAAACGGCUUCCUAAAAAUAACUCUGAAUAGAGAGGAAUCCUUAAGCCUUUUCCUGAUCUAAGAAGAACCACUCACAGGCAGCAUCAUGACUGAAGUGCUCUCUUACUUUCUUAUUGCUAUUAAAACAUGGGGUGUAUUUCUAUUUGAAAUUGCAGCACUUUCCUUCCAGCUUGUGUAUGACUCUGUAACAUCCCUUAAAUGUACUUGUUUUCUAUUCUGUUCUCUGCCUUCUUUUCUUUUUGCCUGUUUUUUGGGAUGUGUGUGUGUUGUAAAUACUCACUGAAAGACAUUUUACCAUAGUGUAUGUACAGAUGAAUGGUUCAGGUAUGGCAUCGUGGUUACCUGUGUUUGCUGGCUCCUGGACAAUGAUACUAUACAAGUAAGAUGCUGGGCAUCACCAUACUUUGCUCUUGCUUCAAUCUCUUGAUUUUUAAUAAAAUUGAACGUGUCUGGAGA